UAGAAAUGUUACAUGAUUUUCCAUCAAUGAUAAUCGACAGAUUUUGACGUCGUCGUACAUGUUUUUAAAGGAAUAAACAAUUAAGUCUAACUGAAGAAUAGGGAAUGUUACGCUGUAUUGUACAUGUAUCAUGGCUGAUCGGACUAGUCCAGUAACAGACGUGCCUCAGAGUGCUUGGCAUCUCAAUAUGGCAUCCAAUCUUCAAGACCACAUUCCAAGAGUUGGGCAGGCAGUGUCUGGAUUUGUUCCCCACAUCAUGGGCCCAAGCACUCAUCAUCGAGUAAUUCUAAACCGGCUGAACUCUAGAGACCAGCAUCCAGAGCCUACCCAUGAAUCUUCAGUAGUGGUAGACAUUGAUACCAAUGACGAGCAGUUUUCUCCUGGAACUGGAGGGAUUGAUCCAAAUUUGAUGUCUCAUGAACAUUUCCAGCUGCCUGGUGGAUUUUUUCAAGAUGAGAACCAGAAUGGUUUACCAGGAGAAGGGGAGGAACAUGGACACUCCCAUGAGGGUCCUUCCUCUCGUUUCAACAUUAAGAGCAUUGUACUUAACUCUGGUGGAUUUCUGCUGAUCCUAGCCCUGAAGCUGCUCUCUCAACAUUUUCUUGGAUUCUUUGUCUUUCUGGCCAUGUUUGGAACUCAUGUAUAUGCCAACAUGUCAAUGCAGAAAGUUGUACACAAAUCAUCGCUAAGAAAUGCUUCCUGUCGGGAACAGAUUCUCUCAUUCAUGUGGAUUAUUACUUUCCUGUCAGCAAAUAUAGCUGUUGUCUUGUAUGCUUUUAAAGACGAGGCACUUUGGAAUGUAUUGUUGUUCCACCUGCCUGUCCUGCCCUCUCCCACAUUCUGGGACUAUCUAUGGGUGGUCUUGGUCACAGAUUUCAUCUUAAAAUAUUCUACAAUAAUAAUCAAGGCAUUCCUGUCUCUGCUGCCAUUUGGACAGAAAAGAAGGGGAAAGAUAUACAGGGUAGUAGAGAAUAUCAUGCAGCUGUACAGAAUGCUGACUCCCAUAGUUCCUUGGUUCCACUUCCUGUUUGGUGAUCAGGGAUGGGUGUUAGGAAUUAUUUUAGUGGCAUUAUAUUUCCUUUUUAAGAUAUUUCAAGCAUUAGCAAAGGGGUUUGAGGUUGUGAAAUCCAUCAAAGGCUUAUUGUCAGACGUGACCUAUGGAAGUCGACCAACGUCCACUGAAAUCGACCAGUGUGGGGAGAACUGUCCAAUUUGUCAGGAUGACUAUAAAGAUCCAAUCAAACUGGCUUGUAAACAUAUAUUCUGUGAAAAUUGUGUAUCCAUGUGGUUUGAUAGAGAAAAGACAUGUCCCAUGUGUAGGGCACAGAUCCACACAGAAUCCCCAAUGUGGAAAGAUGGAUCUACCAGUAUCCACAUACAGUGGUACUAAUCCACUUCUCCACAUCUGAUGGGACAGGCUCACCUCCUGUUAGGACUGGAAUCCUCAGAAGGGAUAGGAAUAGUUUUAUCAUAACUGUACAAGGGAUGUUUUUCUUUUCAGUUGUUGCUUAAUUUGGAGUUUUAUCUAAAAUAUCAAUCUGCUUGUUUUAUGGUAGCUUUAGAAAGAUACAUUUAUGACAGAAGUUUUAAUCAUAAAUCUUAAACUAAUUUUAGUUUAUUGAAAUCUAUAUUUUUGAUGCCAAAUUUUCCCAAUUUACCUAAGCACUCAAUAUUACAUUACAGGUAUUUUCAAUGUACACAGUAUUUUUUCAGUG